AAGGACGUUGGGACUGAGGCAGAGGGCACUGAGAGCCUAUUUGUGGAGUCGCCAUGGAACAGGAUAUCCACAGCAAUGGAUCCCGCCGGAUGGAGGGCAUCCUCCUGUACAACUUCCUGCAGAGCUCCUCUAACUGCGAGUUCAGGGACCAGCUGCAGGCCCUGCGCGGCCAGUGGCUGCUGCCCGCCGUGAAGCCCGUCUGCCACUACGAGGACGACGGGGAUCUGCAGACGGACGGCAAUCGGAGCGGGCACCUGCAGAACGGGGAGCUGGCGCUCGCCAAUGAGGGCCUGAGGGACGAGGAAAUCUUCCGGAUCAUUGGUGCUCAGCUUGCUGAGAUCGGAGACCAGUUGGAUAAAGAAAUCCAAGCCAGAGUAGUAAACGAUCUCGUACAGCAUUUUCUGAAUGAGAAUUUGUCCAGAGAGGAGAUAACCCGGUGCCUGUCCCAGGCAGUGGAAGGCCUUGCAAGGGCCAUCCCCUCAGACAUGGAGCAGGAGAAGGCCUUGCUGGUGCUAGCCAUGGUCUUAACCAAAAAAGUUGCCAACAGAGUGCCCUCCCUUCUGCAUCGCAUCUUCAGCACCACUGUGAACUACAUCAACCAGCACCUGCACGCCUACGUCGUCAGGAUGCUGCGCGAGUGAGACGUCGCGGCUCCGGCUGCCUGUGUGAAGACUGCCGCUUCCCAAGGGCUUUCCGCUCUGGAUACGUUAGAGUUAUCGGAAUUGUGAAAUACGGCUGUGCAGUGGAGGCACAGCAAUGUAGAUAGGCUUUCAUAGACUAGCACUGCAAUGCCAGUAUGAGCUGCAUGAGGGGCCUACAGUACCUGCAAGGAGUAGUGCUUGCCCUUUGUCAAAUAGGUGAGGUGGGUGGGUGUUUUUUAUUUUUUUCAUUAGCAGACUUAACUGCAGGUGCCUGCAGAGGAAAUGCCACAGCCACAGGGCCGGGCCUCUCAGUUUACCCUCUGAGUGGCGCGUUCUGCUUUAGCCACCGCCUUCCCCACGCUGGUGUCGCCGCUGGGGAACGGCACGGGAUCGUUCCCUGCAAGACCUUGGCUGUGGAAGGGACGGUUCAUCAGCAUCGCUUACCAGGGCAGGGGGAAAAACACCUAGACUGCCUUGGAGCGAGCUGGCUGCACCUGGAAACAGCCCUGGGAGAGACAGGGUAAGGAACAGUUGUAAUGGUGUAGUCCCAAUCCACAGCAGCUCUGCUUGCCUGGGAAAGGCAGCUAAAGCAGAAAAUUACAGGGGUAAAUCGUUUCAGGGAGCAGUUACUUGGACAUGCUUGAGGAUAAAAAUGUUCUUUAGCUUUAGAAUAGCUUGCUGCAAAGGAAAAGGAGCCGUUGCCCAUGAACUGGGAAGAAUACCUGGCAUCUCUGACCACGUCCCUAUUGCGUUCACCUCUCAGGGCUGGUGCGCUGUUGAGCAAAAGAAAUGACUCAGGUAUCACACAGGGUAGCUGAGACUUCAUCCAGCUGCCUCAGAACUUUGAGACUGUAAAUAUACUGCUUUUUUUAAACAUAAAUAAAGUUGUCAUUUCU